GGGCCGCCGCGCCUCGCCGCGCUCAAGGAUGAGCCGCAGACCGUGCCCGACGUGCCGAGCUUCGGCGAGAGCCCGCCGCUGUCGCCCAUCGACAUGGACACUCAAGAGCGUAUCAAGGCGGAGCGCAAGCGGCUGCGCAACCGCAUCGCUGCCUCCAAGUGUCGCAAGCGCAAGCUGGAGCGCAUCUCACGCCUCGAGGAGAAAGUGAAGACGCUCAAGAGCCAGAACACGGAGCUGGCGUCCACCGCAAGCCUGCUGCGUGAGCAGGUGGCGCAGCUCAAGCAGAAGGUCCUCAGCCACGUCAACAGCGGCUGCCAGCUGCUGCCCCAGCACCAGGUGUCCGCGUACUGAGCCCGCGCGCGGGGCGCAUGCGCGGCCCCCCUACCGGAGAGGCGGGCUUGCGGGGGGGGCGUGGGUGCCCCGGACUCUGAGAGGGCGUGGCCCUGGGGACGCCCCCGGAUGGUGCCAGGACUUGGGAGAGGGCACCUCACACUCGACAAGCUGGACCCCCUGCUGCCGGGGGGGCAAGCGCAUGACUCCCCAUCCCCGCCCCGCCCUUGCGCUGCCUCUACCCUCUGCGCGCGGCCACCCCGAGUUGCACAAACCCGCGCCCGGCUGCCUCUUUGUACGCACCGCGGCCGAAGAGGGUUCCGAGGGGGCGCAGCCUGAAGCCCUGCGUUGCCUUUUCUUUUACUUUUUUGCAUUUGGAAGAGAGAACAGUGUUCGAUUCUGCCCUAUUUAUGUUUCUACUCGGGAACAAACGUUGGUUGUGUGCGUGCGUGUUUUCUUGUGUUGGUUUUUUUUUUUUUUUUUUUUU